CAAAACCCUAAAUUUCUCGCUUCUGAGGAGCCCUAGCGAUGGCGAUGCAUGAGGAGGAGGAGGAUGUGGGGCGCGCGCUGCUCAAUCGCUUCCACAAUUCUCCGGCGCCCGAGCACAAGCAGCUACUGGCGGUGGUAAGCGCGGUGAUGGAGGUGCUGAAAGAGCAGGGCCUGCCGCUGAUUCCCACGGCGUAUUUCGCCGCGACCAUGGCGCCGCUGGAGCAGCAAUGCAAUGCAGGCGCCGUGGAUGGAGCCGAUACCACGGCUUUCCUCACAUUCCUGGCCACGCUCCUUCCCAAGCUUCCCGCCUCCGUGCUGCGAUCGACGAGUGGAAAGGCUCUGGUUGUUUUGGACAAGGUGCUGGGCGACGCAAAACUUCCGGCUGCCACUGCCAAGCCCGCGCUGUCGUGCAUCGAGUGCAUCCUUUGCGCCGCCGAUCGAUCGAGCUGGCCGGCUCUGGCCGGAUCGUUCCAGUUGCUUCUCAAGUUUUGCGUGGAUAUGAGACCAAAGGUGCGAAGGCGCGCGCACUUGUGCGCUGCGCAAGUCUUGUCUAGCUUCCAUGGCUCGGCGGCUCUCGACAAAGCUAGCGACUUAGUUGCCUCGUCGUUCGAAGAAUGCGCGUCACCUUUCCUGGCCAAAGGCAAGAGCAACGAGGACGCUGCCGCUGGCGCUCUGAAGCUCUUACACAUGAUCGGGGCCAUGCGGCUUCUUCUGCCAGCCAUGUCUCCCAAGACCAUUGCGAGAGUGCUUCCCAGCAUCACACUUCUCAUCACUUUGAAGCAGUCACUCGUCACCAGGAGCGUGCUCAAUGUUCUUCUUUCUCUGGGAAGAAGAUCCAGGACGGGCGUUUCAUCGGCGGCAUUGGUGGGCGUUAUUCGUGCUGUUCUCUCCCUCGUCGCGGCUGAUAACAGGGAUGUGGACGAGGUCAUGACGGCAGUUCAUGUGAUAGAGCAGGGGCUGUCUAACUUGUACGCCAUCGAUCCUAAGCUCUGCGCCGGCCAGCUUCCGGCGCCAUUCGAUGCCAUCACAGAUCUCUUUGCUUCGGAACAGGAAGAGGUUGUGUUUGGUGCAGCGGAGUGUCUCCGAGGCUUAGCAGAUCGCUUCAUAGAUGGCGCAAUGCUGAGACAGCUAGAAACCGAUCCAGUUGCUAUUGAAAGUAUCUGUUCGUCCGUUGAAAGGUCCUUGAGCUAUGAAUAUUCCGGCGCCUGGGAUAAAGCUUUGCUCGUAGUCUCGGCACUUUUCCAGAAAAUGGGUGAGGCCUCCUUUCGAUUCAUGAAAGGAAUUGUUAAAGUUCUCGCCGAACUACAAAAACUUAGAGACGAGGACUUGCCUUGUCGAAAGCAGCUACACAAUAGUUUUGGAGCAGCCGUUGUGGCUAUGGGACCAGAACGUUUUUUGGAGCUCUUGCCAUUGGACAUGGAUGCCACGCAGCUAGACAAAGCCCGCAUCUGGUUGAUACCUAUCUUGAAGCAACAUCUUGUUGGAGCAAGGCUCAAAUACUUCGCGACUACCAUCGGUCCUUUGGCAGAAAGUCUUGCAGUCAAAGCACAUGAGCUUGCUGGGGCGCCUGCAAAAAAUGCAGAAGCAUGCGCACAAGCUCUUUGGGCUCUUCUUCCAUCCUUUUGCAAUUAUCCUGUGGACACCAAAGACAGCUUCCAGGUGAUUGCAAAGCUUCUUGGGGAGUCAAUGAGAAAGUAUCCGGACCUUAGAGGAGUAAUCUCUUCCAGCAUCCAGACAUUGAUAAAGCAAAACAAAUCUAUCUGCGACGCUAAUGACGGCAUGGACGUGGAUUUGGAUGCAAAGGAAAAAGCAUGUUAUUCCAAGGACAUUGCCUCGGCAAACUUGUCAGCCAUUUCUGCGUUUUCGGAUAAGUUUCUUCCACUUCUUUUCAAUAUAUUUUGCGAGUCACCACCAGAAAAACGGGGAGAGUUACAGGCUGCAAUUGGUGCUUUUGCGUCUAUAUCAAGCAAAGCUACUGUUCAGAAGUUUUUCCGAACGGUCAUGGAGAAGCUUUUGGAAGCCACCAAAGAUACAAAUGCGAAAGAGAGAAGGUGCAUGUUUAUGGAUCUUGCUUUGUCACUAGUUGGUGGUUUGGAUCAUAAAGGCUUGAGCGCGCUUUUCGCAGUUGCAAAGCCUGCAUUGCAGGAUCCAGACUCUGGUGUUCAGAAAAAAGGAUACAAAGUUCUUGCUGGUAUUUUGAAGGAACAUACUGAUUUUCUCUCUUCAAAAGAGCAAGAAAUAUUUGAAGCUAUUGUGGAAGCUACAUCUGCAUGCCAGUCCUCUGCAAAACAAUACAGGGUUGCUUGCUUGCAGUUGUUGAUUCUACAUCUCGUGCAGCAGGGGGACGAGAAUACGAACGACUACAUAGCAUUCCUUCUCAAAGAGUCUGUUCUUGCGUUGAAGGAGAAUAACAAGAAAACAAGAGACAGAGCUUAUGAGCUUUUAAUUGGAAUUGGGAAUGGCCUGUUGCAAGUUUCUGACGAGAAACUUGUCCAAUUUUUUAGAAAGUUGGUGGGAUGUUCCGCAGUAACAGGCUCAGCUGGAGAGCCGCAUGUAAUAAGUGCGGCUCUCAGUGCAAUUUCAAGGAUGGUGUACGAGUUCCCAUCGGAGCUGAAAGGCGAGAUACACCGAUAUCUUCCGAGUGCAUUUUAUUUACUUCGCAACUACAAGAGUCGAGAAGUAAUCAAGUCAGUUCUUGGCCUUUUAAAAGUAAUCGUUGCUAUGAUGUCUAAAGAGGAGCUUAUGCCCCGUUUGAGUGAAAUGGUGGAGGCUAUGAUGGUUUGGUCUGAUGAUCCGAAGAACAGAUUUAAAGCAAAGGUCCGCGGGAUACUGGAGAAGUUGUUAAAAAAAUGUGGAUUUGAGGCCGUUUCUGCUGUUAUGCCCAAAGAGCAUGCCAAGCACCUCGUCAACAUUCGAAAGAGGAAGGACCACGAAGAGAAGAAAAAGAGAUCAAUUAUUGAUGGCGAGGAUGACAAGAGAUCGCACUUCACUCGUGCACCCACAACGCGCAGUAAGUGGAAGCACACGGACAUCUUCUCUGACUCGGACGAGGACAACGAUGGCGACGACGAGAGCGAAGGUGCGACGGCUUUCACAAGGUCCAAGGCUACUACUGCCAGGUCAAAGAAGCUGCCAAAGCAAAAGAGGAGGCUCCCGGAAGACGAGCGAGGAAGGGACGAGCCUCUGGAUCUUCUUGACGUUUCAAAGACGAGGGCGGCACUGUCAACUCUAGGAAAGCCAAAGAAGAGCCAGGCAGAGAGCGACGAAGACAUGGAUUUUGAUCCAGAUGGCCGUUUGAUAGUGGAAGAAAGGCAGCCGCAGCAGCAACAGCAAGGACGCGCCUCCAAGCGGCUGAGAGACGAGGAAGAGGAAGGAGAAGAAGAAGAGUUUGGCAGGAGCCAAAAAGGUGCUAAGAAACGGGGCAAAGUGGCCGCCGAGAACCAAAAGAAGAGGAGCACUGGCUGGUCGUACAAGGGCGACGAGUACGUGAACAAGAAAGGCGCUGGAGGGGACGUCAAGAGGGACGGGAAGCUAGAGCCGUACGCGUACUGGCCCUUGGACGCUAAAUUGCUUAACCGGCGCGGGGAGAAGAAGGCCGCGGCCCGCAAGGGAAUGGAGAGCGUUUUCAAGGUGACCAAGAAGCUCGAGGGCCUGAGCGUGAACAAGGCACUGGGGGGGAUCCAGAAGAAGCGGAAGAAGCAGCACAACAAAGCUCACAAGAGUGGAGCUAACAGCAAGUCCGCAAGGAGCAAACGAUGAAAAGGAUAUGCCGAGAGUCUCCCUGUACAGCUCAGUAAUUUUGCUAGUAAUUUGUUAUUUUUACUACUAAGCUUUGAUGACAGGACAAGUAGAGGAAUGAAGAAAGCUAAAGCUCUUCAAUGUUGGUUUGCUGGAAAGAUAAAUGUCAUAACCAUGUCCUGUUAUGUC